GCGGAGCUUGGGAGGAGGCCGGGAGGCGAAGUGCAGGCAAGAGCUAAGUGAGCAGGGGAGGAGCUCGGGCCGACGUGAGGGGGGCGGGCCGGCCGACGGGAGAAAGUGGGGCGGGCUCCUGCUCUCGGCUAGUGGUUCCCAGUGUUGUGGUGGAGUGAGGGAGAGGAGAGAGGAGAGAGGAGAGAGGAGAGGAGUGAGGAGAGGAGAGAGAGAGAGGGAGGGCGAGGAGCAGGACGAGCAGGAGAGCGCGCUGCAGCGCUGAGCCUGCCGGGAAGGAAGGAAGCGGCUCGGCCGCGGCAGCGGCGAAGGUUGCACCGCACGCACCCCGGCGCCUGCCCCGGCUCCGGCUCCCACUGCCGUGCGCCAGCCAGCACGCUCCCCCGUUUCAUGGACGCGGCGGCCGGUCCUCGUUAGUGUGCCCCGCGCCCCGGCACUCCAAGCGCCCCGCAGCCCCCGCGCCUCUGGUGCCCCCGAUCUCCCAAGCCAGGGCGCCAGCCCUCCCGUCCCGCGCCGCCCUCCGGGCGGACCAUGGAUGACAAAUCCAACAAGCUGCUCCUGGCCCUGGUGAUGCUGUUCCUGUUCGCCGUGAUCGUUGUGCAGUACGUCUGCCCCGGCACAGAAUGCCAGCUCCUCCGCCUGCAGGCGUUCGCCUCGUCCCAUGCUGACCCGUACCGCACCGAGGACGAAAGUCCGCCCCGCUUCGUAGCCCGUCUCAAUUUCACCGACGCCGAACUCCUGCGGAAGGUCGACUUCAACAUCAAGGGGGACGACCUCAUCGUCUUCCUGCACAUCCAGAAGACCGGGGGCACCACUUUCGGCCGCCAUCUGGUGCGCAACAUUCAGCUGGAGCAGCCGUGCGAGUGCAAAGCCGGCCAGAAGAAAUGCACUUGUCACCGGCCCGGCAAACGCGAGACCUGGCUCUUCUCCCGCUUCUCCACGGGCUGGAGCUGCGGCUUGCAUGCUGACUGGACCGAGCUCACCAACUGUGUGCCCUCCAUCGUGGACAGCAAGAAAGAAGCCAAGCUGCGACCUACCAGUUGUUGUAAGAGCAAGAAAGCUCACUGCGUCUGCAGAGACCCCAAAGGAGCCUAUCAGAGGCGAGGAACAAAGAAGAGAAGGAACUUUUACUAUAUCACCAUCCUUCGUGAUCCUGUAUCCCGGUAUUUGAGUGAAUGGAGACACGUUCAGAGAGGAGCAACAUGGAAAGCCUCUUUGCAUGUCUGUGAUGGAAGGUCUCCAACUAUUGAAGAGCUUCCCAGCUGUUACGCAGGGGAUGAUUGGUCUGGCUGUUCUCUUAAGGAGUUUAUGGACUGUCCCUACAAUUUGGCCAAUAAUCGCCAGGUCCGCAUGCUUUCUGAUCUGAGUUUAGUUGGCUGUUACAACCUGUCCGUGAUGCCAGAAGAGCAGAGAAACAAGGUUCUUCUAGACAGCGCCAAAGAGAACCUGAAAUGCAUGGCUUUCUUUGGGCUUACUGAGUUUCAAAGAAAGACUCAGUAUCUGUUUGAGAAAACCUUCAACAUGAACUUCAUCUCACCCUUUACACAGUAUAACAACACGAGAGCGUCCAGUGUGGAAAUAGAUCAGCAGACUCAAAAGCGGAUUGAAGCCCUCAACUUCUUAGACAUGGAAUUGUACGAGUAUGCAAAAGAUCUUUUCCUGCAAAGAUAUCAGUUUACAAGGCAGAAAGAUCAUCAGGAAGCCCGGCGGAAGCGUCAAGAACGGAAAAUUCUGAAGACCAGACAUGUUCACAAGCGCGAUCAAACUGACAAUGCAACUGCUGAUUACGUAGAAGAUGUCGAAAAAUGGCGAUAAUCAGGAAUGGAAACCUCGUCUUGAACCCCAAAGUAUCAACGAAGACAAAAUGAAUUUUAGAAAGUGAAACACUCCAAACAUAUUCUUUUUCCCUAAGUGGGGAAGCAAAAACCGUUCAAAUGUUGCCUCUGCAGAUGCCUUUCAAUUUCAUGUUAUACCAUGCGUGGGUAAAACAAUCUUAAAGUAUAAUUAAAUUUUGGACUACUUAUGAAAUCAAAAUGCCAAACCAGGCUCGCCAGAAAUUGAUGCUUAGAUAUUUCAAGAAGUCCUUAAAUUAGUUAUGGAUACAAAAUGAAAAGACAAAAUGUGACCCUUUAACUUCUGCCUAAGAAAUGGUUUUUAAAUUAUUCAUGAUGCAACUCAAUCUUGGACACAAACAUCUUUCCAGCGAUAAGCAUGAACAUCAGAACAGAACAAAUAAAUAAAAGGAAACAUCUUUUUUUAUUUUCUUUUGAAUUUUUUAAAAGACUAUUUGAAUAGAACACCAACUACCAGUGAUAUUUGCCAAACUAAAGAAAAUAUAAAAUUUCUCUAAAAAAAAGCAAUUUGACAGAUAUCAAUAUUGAUUUUUAAAAUCAAAAGAGCAGAAGACACAUGUAUUGUUACAUAAAGAAAUACUUAAAAGCCCAAAUGUUUUUACCUACGCUAUUAAAGACUUGAAAAUUUGGAUGUCUCUCAUACUUAAAAAAAAAGAUAAAAAAGACAAAAAAAAAAAAGAAGAGUAACAAGAAGAAAAAAAGAGUAACAACAACAAAACAAAUGCCAUUUCACUGAACUGAACACCAAUAUAAGGAACUGAUGGCUGGAAUUUUUCAGGGCAUUGUAAUUUCAAGCAUUCUGGAACGGUUUGAGCCCCAUUCCCCAUUCAGGAAAAGCUUCUUCAAAUUCUGUUUAUUUCUACCUGACCAACUAUCAUCCUUCAACAUUAAAUACAAGCUACUGUCUAUGGUUCAAGAUACUGGAUUCCAAUCAGGACUUUCAGUUGGUGAAAUUGUCAUAUUGCUGUGUAUGUAGUGCUGCCCUUUUCUCCAAGCUCAUGAAUAGGAAUCAGUUCAGAAUGGUGGCUGAUGUUUUUCAUUAUCAAGUGGAAGUGAAUUGAAACUUGAUCCAUUUACCAUCAGUGCAUUUUAUUGUAACGUGUCCAAUUGGACUAGUUAUUUCUUGAGUGUUUUGCAUAUUAGUAGGGUCCUGGUGGCUGAGCAGUGUGUCCAUCAUUCAAGAGCCAACUUAGCUGAGUUCGGAGAGGUUCAUCACCAGAGACUUGGCCACCUGGAGAUGAUUUUUUUCAGCCACAGUAACCCACCAAGAUGGGCUGCUAAGUCAUGGCAGGGUUAUGAUCUGUAUUGAUGAAGGAGUACCAGUGCUUUUGAAAUCAUGGAUCCUUGAAAUGAAGUCAUCCUUUUUAGCAGUUAUGGAUCAUAAAACUAAAAGGUGUUUUCAUGUGUAUGAGCAGAUCUGUACUUACAUAGUAGUAUUAAAGACUAUAUCUUUGGUACUUUGAGUAGCCUGAAAAGAAGUGUUCUGCAGCUGAGCUUAGAGUAAAUACAAAUCAAAGUUCUUGGAGAUCACAUGACUUGAUAAAAAUAAUUUGAUAGUAUAUAUUUCUGUUCAAGAAAAAAAAUGAAGAUAUUGGUGUGAACUGAGUGAGGUCUUAAGUUUUCCAUAUUAUCAAGUAUUUGUAAUUGCUGGAAUUUCCCAUGUUACAUGUUUUGAUACAUUUUUAAAAACUUUUGCUGGCUGACUAACCCUCUUGUUAUAGAUAUUAGAAAGUAACAGAAGGAGACUAGAAAUGAUAUCCAUAUCAUCAAGGGAGUGACUAUAGGGUAAUAAGACUGAGGGUUUACAACAAGGAGAUCAGAAUCUCUGAAUGAAUAUUGUCUUUCAGAAAAGGCCCCCUGAAAGGUGUGGGUAUUCACUAAUUCCAAAGAGGCUUGUCAGCACUAACAAUUUUCUUUUGGAUCACCUCAAUGGUGGCAAAUCAUUUGUCUUUGGAGGGUGAAGUUAAUUUUUGGAGGCAGCCAAAAGUCAUUGACAAUCAAGUCUAAGGAAUAAGACAAAUGAUCAUACUGGGAAAAAAUUAUUUCAAUGCCAAAAAAAAGUGUGACUUUAAAGCAGUAAGAUGGAUUUUCUCUUUCAAAAAGCAGUUCCUAAAGAGAAGUCCCAGAAAUAGGCUCAGCACUGACUGCUACAUAUGUGUAGCUUUCCAAGGGGGACUGCUUAGAGGGCAACACUCACUUGAUGCUAGGUGGUGUAGUGAAAAUAGCCCUGGAUUUGUAAUCAAAGUGCACGGAUUUGAAUUCCAGCUCUAUUUCCUAGCUAUGGGAGGCAGUAUUGCACAGUGGACAGACCACUGAUUCCAGGAUCAGAAGCUAAGCGUUUAAAUCUCACUUCUGAUGCCUGUUACCUGUGUGACCUUGGGCAAGUCACUUAACCUCCCUGAGCCUCAAUUUUCUCAUCUGGAAAACAAAGAGAUUGAGCAAGAUUAUUUCUGAGUCCCUUUUAGUUCAAGAUCUAUGAUCAUAUGAUCUGGGGAUUCUUCCCCUCUCUUGGCCUCAGUUUCCCCCUCUAUAAAAUAAAGGGGGUUGGAUGAGAUUAUCUCUGAGGUCCAUUUCAACUUUAAACUAUCUGAUUCAUUUGGUUGUGUAGGCUUGGGUCUAUUUAUUUCCACCAGUCUUGUUAUUUUAUGGUCACCAAGCGUCCACUUAUUGCUUGCGCUAUCUGUUUUCAUCAGUGAUAUUCUGUCAAAAAAUUGGACAAGAAACAGAAAAUGGGCUUUAAACUUCCUUUCUAUUGCUUUGUGCUUGUGUCAGCAUAGCUAAAAGGCUCUGUUAUGUGUGAUAUAGUAUUAAAGUCCCAAGAUGCUGAGAACCGACUGAAGGGAAGAGUGGACCAAAAUGGAACCCACUCCAAAAUCAAAUGAAGAUGUUCAAACGGUGGAGCAAACAUCACUUCCUAUGUGAUGAGGAUUUUCCCAUGAAGAUUCUUUACACCAGGACAGUGGUAUCUCACCUGUGUUAGAGUCUUUCUUGAAAAUGAAAAUGUUUGCUUUGAAAAUAUAGAGAGGCAAGGUCAUACCUGGGACAAAACUUGAGCCUGUUGCUAAGGAUGUGUAUUGUGUUAAUGCUGUGGUAUGCAUGGUUUAUAACAAUUUGAUAUGUUUUAUUUGUCUAGCCUGUUUAUUGUAUAUAUGGGGAUGUCUGAAUAUAAGGAUACAGGUUUAUCAUCAUCAUAGAAACCCUAUUGGUUUUCCUUGUAGACAUCCAUCCAGUUAUGUAGAUUUACAAACCAUUCCAAUGAUUUUGAUUGUGUAACGUAAUAAUAGAAGUGAAAUAAAAUUUAACUGCA